CCUUUUCUUUUGCAUCCAAGAUAUUAAUAGUGCUACUGUGAGAGAGUGAGCCAAAAGCAGUGGCCUUUUUGCAGGAAAAGUUUUUCAGAAUGAAAAGGGCUGAUUUAGUUCCCGAAUCCAAGGUAGAUAUAUGGAUGAAACCUGCCCCCAAAAAGACUUCAUGCUCUGUGAUAAACUUGUGUUUCUCCCAGAGAGCUAGCAUAUGAGAUGGAUAAAGGGAAGAAAACAGGUCUUGAAAACAGGACAAUCACUCUGGGGAAAAACCUACCACCACUGACACUGUCCUAAACCCAGAGUUGUUCCUUUGACUUCAGGAUCAGAGACAGCAGAACUUAGCCCAAUAAGAGAACAUGCAGUCAAAUCUGCUUUUUACUUCCGGCCUACAAGCACCAGCUCACCUAACGAUUCUGAGAUUGAUUUUCUUUUAUAUUAAAUAUAAUUUAUUCCCAUCUUAAAGCCCCUUCAUGCUAUCAAUGGUGUAAAGUGAUUUUAAUGUAAAUGAGAAUCAGGAUUUUCAUCUCUACAUCGUCUUCAGAGUAACAUAGGAGUGAAAGAUGGAAAAGACAUUGCAGAUCAUCAAAUUCACAUCCUUCCCCAAUUCUGAAUUUUUACUGUUGAUCUCCAAGAAAUGCGAAUCCAAAGACACAGGCGAUUAGAGACAAAGAGAAAGCCGAGAAAUCUGCUUCAGAUGAAGAAAUGGGCAGUCAAGAAUUGGGUAGAAUACUGACACUCACAGGAAGGAAAGAGCCCCUGGAGUAUAGGGAUAAAGGAGCUUCACUUUUCCUGGGUCUUGUUUUAUUACUUUCAUUUAACUCCUGUACCUUAAUUUUUUUUUUUUUUUUUUAGUCCUUUUGUAUUCAGAAGUUGCAUUGAGUAUUAUCUUUGUUCUGGGUUUAAUUUGUCCUUUACUGUAACUAUAGCUUUCAGAGUAGAAGCCGUGUUAGUCUGUAUUCACAAAAAGAAAAGGAGUACUUGUGGCACCUUAGAGACUAACAAAUUUAUCUGAGCAUAAGCUUUCGUGAGCUACAGCUCAAUGCAUCCAAUGAAGUGAGCUGUAGCUCACAAAAGCUUAUGCUCAAAUAAAUUUGUUAGUCUCUAAGGUGCCACAAGUACUCCUUUGUAACUAUAGUGCAUGUCUGACAGGUUUUCUAAAACUCACUAUUUCUGAUCAGAGAAUGGUAUUGCUAUUAGCAAGAAGAUUUAAACACCUACACCACUUCUUAGGGAAAACAUUUGAAGGGAUUGCUACAUAUAUUCUUUACAAGAGUCUAAAAUUGUCUCUAGGUCUGCAAAAGCUGCUUUUUAAAACUAUUGUGAAAUUAAGUUAUUGGUAACUACUAGCAUGACACACACACACCCCUGUAAUGUGACCUUGCUAGAUUCAUAAACAGGUGAACCCAACCCUAGCGCAGUUAUCUCUGACUAAUCGCAAAACUCCACUGCAACUCCACUGGUUACCAUAGAGACAUCUCAGUGUUUCACCCUGCCCUCAACGGAGUGUAUUCCAGAAUCUGAAUAAACAGGAACAUGCUACGACAGUGUAUCUGUUACUCAGAACUACCUGCAGGUACAAGUGCCACCGUGUUUCAUAGGUUAGAGAAGGGUAAAUUUUCAGCUGAGCAGAAAGAGUGAGAAGCCAUAAUGGAUGGAACACAACUUGCGUAUGUCAAGCUCCUUUUGAUUUGUCAUAUAGUAGUGAAGUUUUCUGUUCAGGCUGCAGAUCAACCUCCCCCUGUGAACGAAGACAUGCAAACAGAAGCAACAUCCAAUGAAUCUGGAAAUACAACCAUAUCUAGAAGCAUUGUAAUGUCCACCAUUUCAGAUAAAGAAGCAGUUAAUACAACCACAGUGCAGAAUAUAAAUGCCAGUUGGAAUACAAUGACUGUGCCAGCAAAGAUAACUAGUUCAUUGGCUUUAACAAUUUUGUCACAUUUUGCACGAAGCACUCUACAUCCCCCCAACACAGACAAUAGCAGCCCUUCAGAUAUUACUAUUAGAUUCAACACUGUUGUGACAUCACCUACAGUUUCAACCUUUAAUCAAGCAACUGAUAAAGACUCUAAUCCCAGAAUGUCCUCAGUCACAUUGAAACCAACAGCUCAGUCUUCUACAGCCACACAACUACAUACUAGCAAAGCUUUGGAUUCAGUUCCUAUAACACAGGCUUCAGGAGGAAUUCAUCUAAGGAAUUCAGAGGCCAUUCUGAUCAUUAUUUUCAGCAGCAUCCUCACAUUUGCUGUUCUAGCCAUUGUCAUAUGCAGUCUUGAUAAGUACAGGAAGAGAAGAGCUCAGUAUUCCCAUCACCCACUAUAUGACACCUCUUCUGAAACAGCUGACAUAUACACUACUCCAGACGACACACUGAUGAUAUCAGGAGGACUAUAUGAUGCACCAAGGAUUUAUAACCCCAAUAUGACUGUAUUGGAAGAUGAUGAGCUUCAAGCUGAAUACUUACCAUUUGGCUCCAGACCUGGGAAGUUCAGACUUGAAAUUUUAUCUGGUGAAAAUGAAAAAGGACUUUCCCCAACCUUUGAUAGAUUUCAGCCACCACCACAACACUCAUAAUGUAGUAAUAAUGCCAGUAGUAUAGAGCACUCUCUUUAAUUCGUUGUAACAUUUGUUUUUAAGUAGCAUUUUAUUACAAUAUUAAUAAUUAUACUAGCUCUUAAUCAAUAGACCUUAAUGCACUUCACAAAGGAGGCAAGUAUUGUUAUCCCCAUUUUAAUGAUGGGGAAACAAUCACAGAGAGGUGAAGUGACUCACCCAAGGUCACUUAGCAGGACUGUGGCAGAGCAGGAAUAAGUCCCAGGUCUCCUGAGUCCCAGUCUACUGCUCCAUACUCUGUGUAUGCCACUCUUCCCCACAGCUUCAGUUUCAUGCCCAAUAUACUGAUUAAUAUAAUGCUACUUGUAUAUGUUCGGUUAUACAUGCUCAGUUAUACUGAAGAUAUAAUUUAUUUCUCAUAUGAAGUCUCAUUGCAACACUGGAUUAAGCCUUUCACCUAGGCAGGCAAGCAUUCACAUUCCUGGUAUGCAGGGAUAUAGCAAUAACAUGAAAAUGAUUAGUAAAGGUUUAAGAUUUAAAAUCCAUGGUUUAUCUUA